UAGACGGGUCCAUGAAUGAUUGCAAAAGUACUGCCAGUAUUGAUUUUGAGGUUACAGGGACCCUCUUGCCUGGGCCGCACCGCCGCCGCGAUGUCCCCUAAGUUCAGCGUCCGGCAGCUCCGGGAGACCGGCCAAUGCUUCGAGAAUUUCCUGCUCGUUCAGGGACUGGACAUGGAGACAAAUCGCGAGAAGCUGCGGAUCAUUUAUAACCAAAACUUCAAGACCAGCUUUGGGAAAUCCGGCAGCUUUGGGAAAUCCAUGCCUGGCUUCUCCUCCAUGCUGUAUGGAAUGAAGACUGCCAAUCUGGCCUACGUCACCAAGACACGGGUCAGGUUCUUCAAACUUGACCGCUGGGCCGAUGUGUCUGAUCUCAGCACGGACCGCAAGUCACUGCUCGCCAAGAUCUUUCAUGACAGGGCCGAGUACCUUCACGGGAAGCAUGGAGUGGACGUGGAAGUCCAGGGGCGUCAUGAAGACCGGGAUGGGCAACUCCUUAUCCACCUGGAUUUGGACCGCAAGGAGGUGCUGACCUUGCGGCUUCGGAAUGGAGGAACCCAGUCCGUCACCCUCACCCACGUCUUCCCACUCUUCCGGAGCCCCCAGUUUACCUUCUUCUAUGGAAACCAGGAGCUGCCCUGCUCCCUGGGCCGUGGCGAGUGCUACGAGCUCCGAGUCCACUGUCAGACCAACUUUGUGGGCUACUUCCCCGCCACGGUGCUCUGGGAGCUGCUGGGACCCGAGGACCCAAGGUCCAAAAACGCUGGCACUUUCUACAUCGCUCGCUUCCUGGCCGCCAUUGCCCAUAGUCCCCUGGCCGCACAACUGAAGCCCACGACGCCCUACAGGCGGACCCGAGUCACUGGAAACCCUGUCACGACCACCCGGAUCGAGGAAGGACAGAGACCUGACCACACAAGGGGCUAUGACCUGGAGCUAACAUUGCCCCUGGGAAAGUACAACCCCCCCUCCCAGCUCCGGCAGCUGCUCCCCCAAAUUCAGGGAACAAACGUCUUCACCGCUCCAAAGAAGAUCGCUGAAAUCAAGGCCCAGCUCGAGACCGCCCUGAAGUACACGAACUACGAGACGAAAUUCCGACUGCUGCUGCACCUGGAAGAGCUGCAGAUGGAGUAUGACAUCCGGCACUACGACCUGGAGUCGGUGCCCAUGACUUUGGACCUCAUCAACCAGAGCCCCAGGCUGCUCACGCUGGAGGUUCCUGGGGUAGCUGAGAGCCGCCCCUCAGUGCUCCGGGGAGACCACCUGUUUGCCCUUUUGUCCUCCGAGGCUCACCAGAAUAACUCUGUCACCUACAAGGGCUUUGUGCACAGGGUGGAGUUGGACCGUGUCAAGCUGAGCUUUUCCACGAGCCUCCUGAACCGCUUUGUGGAUGGGCUGACCUUCAAGGUGAAGUUCACCUUCAACCGCCAGCCCCUGCAGGCACAGCAUCGUGCCUUGGAGCUGACGAGACGCCACCCACUGUGGCCCACGCUCUUUCCUAAGGCCUCCCAUGGGGUCCCACUGCUGUCCUCAGAAGUGAAGCUCAAGCUGUACGAUCGCAACCUGGAGUCGAACCCAGAGCAGCUCCAGGCCGUGAAAUCCAUUGUCACAGGCACCAGCCGCCCAGCCCCCUACAUCAUCUUUGGGCCUCCGGGCACUGGCAAGACAGUCACCGUGGUGGAGGCCAUCAAGCAGGUGGUGAAGCAUUUGCCCAAGGCCCACAUCCUGGCCUGCGCUCCAUCCAACUCAGGGGCUGACCUGCUCUGUCAGCGACUCCGGCCACACCUGUCCAGCUCCAUCUACCGCCUCCUGGCCCCGAGCAGGGACAUCCGCAUGGUGCCCGAAGACAUCAAGCCCUGCUGCAACUGGGACGAGAAUAAGGGGGAGUACGUGUUUCCCUCUAAGAAGAAGCUGCAGGAGUAUCGGGUCAUAAUCACCACCCUCAUCACUGCCAGCAGAUUGGUCUCCGCCCAGUUCCCCAUCAGCCACUUCACACACGUCUUCAUCGAUGAGGCUGGCCAGUGCAUGGAGCCCGAGAGCCUGGUGGCCAUGGCAGGGCUGAUGGAAGUCAAAGAAUCACCCAAUGACCCAGGAGGACAGCUGGUGCUGGCAGGAGACCCUCGGCAGCUGGGGCCCGUGCUGCGUUCCCCUCUGGCCCAGAGGCACGGGCUGCGGCACUCCCUGCUGGAGCGGCUGCUCACCCACAACUCCCUGUAUAAGAAGGGCGCCAGUGGCUAUAACCCCCAGUUCAUAACCAAGCUGCUGUGCAACUACAGGUCUCACCCCACCAUCCUGGACAUUCCUAACCGGCUCUACUACGAGGGGGAGCUGCUGGCCCGUGCCAACAUUAUGGACCGGGAACGCUUCUGCCACUGGGAGGGUCUGCCUCAGCCGGGCUUUCCCAUCAUCUUUCAUGGCGUAAUGGGCAAGGAUGAGCGUGAGGGCAACAGCCCAUCCUUCUUCAACCCCGAAGAGGCUGCCAAAGUGACGGACUACCUGAAACAACUCCUGACCUCAUCUAAGAAAGGCAAAGGCCACCUGAGCCCCCGGCACGUGGGUGUCAUCUCCCCAUACCGGAAGCAGGUGGAGAAAAUCCGAGAAUGCAUCACCAAACUUGACAAGAAGCUUCGGGGACUGGAUGACAUCAAGGACUUGAAGGUGGGCUCUGUGGAAGAAUUCCAAGGCCAAGAGCGCAACGUCAUCAUCAUCUCCACCGUGCGGAGCAGCCAGAGCUUCGUGCAGUUGGACCUGGACUUCAGCCUCGGUUUCCUCAAGAACCCCAAGAGGUUCAACGUGGCUGUGACCCGGGCCAAGGCUUUGCUCAUCGUGGUGGGCAACCCGCUCCUCCUGGGCCAUGAUCCCGACUGGAAGGCGUUCCUGGACUUCUGUAAAGAAAAGGGGGGCUAUACCGGGUGCCCCUUUCCUGCCACAUUGGAAGUGGAGCAAGGACAGAACUUACUCAAAGAUCUGAGCAAGCUCGGCUCCUCUACCUCAGGGCCCCAGAGUCACAACUACCUCUCCCAGGACCUGGAGGGUGAAGGCGACCUGCCCCUGCAGGUGGAGCCAGAGUGGAGAAACGAGCUCUGAAGAGACACAGCCGGGUUCCAGCCUUCGCACACCAGCCAAGCCUUACCUGCCCCCCACCCCCAACCUGAACCCAGCCUAGCUGCCCCUCUAAGGGGCAGGAAAGCUGGGGGAGGGAGUUUACAAUCCAAAACAUUCCACCCCUUCCCCUGCAAGAGAGGACAGACCCAGUGCUACUGAGACAGGCAGGGGAGGCAGAAAAAUUCUGAAAAACAACCUUGUUCUAUGCAAAA